AUGUCUUUGCUGUUGAAGAAUAAAGACGGCUUUCGAACAAAAGGUGUAGUGUCUGGGACAUGGUGGCCAUGCGUCGCGGUAGCAAAGCUAGGAGAGUUACAGCGGCAGACCAAUAUGCAUGCUAUUUUAUUACUAUGUUCUGAUAAUGCAGAACGUGCCAUAGAACAUGCCUCUUUAUCUCCAAGAAACUUCGAAUUUUCUGAACAGGCCAAUAUUAUGAAUACUGUUGAAUGA